AUGCAUAGAGUAUUCCCCUCGGAUUUCUUCAACUUCGAAUUCCUCCGUCUUCUCGGCACCGUCCCCUUCCAAGGCGCCGAAGUUGGAGAAUGCUUGAUCGCUGCAGGCCGCAUCAAAGACGGUGACCCAGAGAGUUGGUACCGUGCCUGGCAUGAGCAGGCGCAGAAGGCUCUGGCUAUGGCCGAAGAAGCUACUGCUGUCGGUGACAAGACAGGAGCGUGCUGGGCCUACAUACGAGCUGCCAAUUACUGGCGAGCGAGCGAGUUUCUGCUUCAUUGCAACCCUGACGAUCCGCGCAUCGUAGCCUCGUCCAAAGUCAGCGUUGAGGCUUUUGACAAAGGGUGGGUUCUUCUAGACGCAACUGUUAAGAACUUUGACAUUCCCUACGAGAAUGGUCUCAAACUGCCUGGAAGACUCUACCUUCCUGCCCCUCACAACAGACUGCCCGGCAAGAUCCCCGUUGUUCUUCAAACAGGAGGAUUUGACUCUACGCAAGAGGAGCUAUACUUCUAUGGCGCUGCCGGUGCUCUCCCCAGAGGAUACGCUGUGUUUAGCUUCGACGGGCCUGGCCAAGGUCUUCCUCUGCGCGUGGGCAAGCUGAAGCUGCGUCCCGACUGGGAAUGCGUGGUCAGCCAAGUGCUAGACUUUGUCACAGCUGAAGUAGCACCUGAACAUGAUCUUGAUCUGGACCGUCUAGCUAUCUUCGGGGCUUCACUUGGUGGUUACCUGUCAUUGCGGGCUGCAGUUGAUCCCCGAAUCAAAGCAUGUAUCACAUGUGAUGGGCCUCUAGAUCUCUUUGAGAUUACACGUAGCCGUAUGCCGCCCUGGUUCAUCAACGGAUGGGUCUCCGGCUGGUUGAGCGACGGCGUUUUCAACUGGGUCGUCAAUUGUCUGACAGCUGUAAACUUCCAAAUGGCAUGGGAGUUUGGUCACGGUAAAUGGGUCUAUGGGGUAGACACGCCGGCUGAUGUUCUGCGGGUGAUGCAACAGACCUCACUCAAAGGUGGUUACCUGUCCAAGAUCAAGUGUCCUACCCUGGUCACUGGUGCAGCUGACUCCUUCUACUUCACGCCCGACGUCAAUGCUUAUCCCAUAUUCGAGGGGUUGACGGGGCUGGGACCCAGUGAGAAGCACCUGUGGAUUGGUAAAGGAGUGGAUGGUGGUGGUUUACAGGCCAAGAUUGGUGCUUUGGCAGUAGUUCACCAUAAGAUGUUUACGUGGCUAGAUAGUACCUUCGGGAUUAAACGGGAUGUAUUGUGA